CUGAGCAACGGGAUGAUCACUUCAAGCUGGGCGUUCGCACUAUAUCCCGCAUACCUGGGUGUGUCCGGGAAUCGCUGAGGAUGGUGCUGGACACUACCGAGAAGUACGUGAAGGACGAGGAGGACUCUGAUGUCGGCUGCCUGAUAGCCAUUUUCGUGCCCACUAUGCUGCUCUUCCCGAUGAAUCGCGGCGGGAAGGGCGGCCAUCGCAAGUGGGGCACUCGCUUCAAGCGGUUCUGGGCUGGAGAGUGGCAAGGAUUGCUCGACGAGUCUCGGAAUUUUGCUGAACAGGGUCGCCACGUAUUUGCUCCACGCGGCGAUGGACCGGUGGACGGCGUGUCUGAGCCAUCCCUGGAGGAAAUCAAGCUGCGAGCAGCAGAGAGAUUUGUGAGACAGGGAGAGCUGUCGCGUGCGGCAAGGCGGCUGACGGCCGCCAAGGUCGCUCCGGCGACAGCGGCAACGCUCCAGCAGGUCAAGGACCUACACCCGGCAGCCCCGCUCCCCAGAAAGCCGCAGACCCAGAACAGCCCAGAUGAGCCGGCCGUCCCUCUCACGGUUCCGCCCAGAGUUCUACUAGCUGCCCUCAAGACGGCGCCGCGAGGUUCCGCAGCCGGCCCUACGGGAUGGCGGUAUGAGCAUCUUCGUGCCUGCAUGGGAGAGGGUGACGCCUCGGCAGAAGACGGGACCGUCCCUCUACCCUCCUUUGUCUACCGGAUGCUCGCUGGGAACAUGCCGGACAGCUGCACCACGACUCUCUCGGCGGCCCGCCUUUUCGCUCUGAUGAAGGACAACGGUGGUGUCCGGCCGAUUGCUGUGGGUGAUGUGCUUCGGAGAUGGGUGACGAAGGCAGUCUGUAUGGAGAACAAGCUGGCCUUUGAGGACGACUUCGCGCCUCUACAGUUUGCGGUUGGUACGUCGGCAGGCGGAGAGAAGAUUUUCCGGGCCUGUCAGACCUACUUGGAGACACGCCGCGAUGACUCCGAUAGACGGGUUUUGGUGACUUUGGAUUGCAAGAACGCCUUCAACAGCAUCGACCGACAGGCGAUCCUCGACGAGCUCGGCACAAAGUGGCCGUCCUUUGUCGAUUCCUUCUGGCAGUUCUACGGUACCCCGGCUGAACUAUGGUAUCGGAUGGAGGACGGACGCACAGAGACCAUCCUCAGUCAGGAGGGUGAUGCGAAGCGGACCCUUCGCAUCGUGAUUCUGUCCAUGUGGGACGCAUCGUCAUGGCUGUUUCGAGGCACGUCUAUCCGUCCGCCAGGUGCGCAGCGCAGAGGCCACACGGAUGGAUGGAUAGAUGGAUGAAUGGAUGGGUGCCUGGAUGACGCAUAUGUGUGUGCACACGCCUGCCUAUCUAUCUCGCCUGUCUGUCCCUUCGCCACUGUGGGCCUCCCCGCAGCCCAGUGCCCGUGUCAGUCGCCCGUAUGCAGUGCACGACAUGUGUCCAUUCUGUGCCUGUGCCAUGCGCAAGCGCAUAGAGAGAUACGUGCUUGUGUGACUGACUCGUGUGUGUCAUCGCCAUUCGCCCAUGUGAUGGUACAUUCAUGGUGGAUUGAUGUGGGUAUGGGAAGGAGAAGCUAGAGGAGAAGACGGAGAUCCUCGUACACGCCAGUGUGUCUGUCUGCCGUGAUGUGUUGCGUUUGCCAUUGCUUUGCCGUGGCAGUGUGUCCAUGGAGCCACAGGCAGCCAGGCAUACGUGCAGUGCAGAUGAGGUCUAUGUGUGAUGCAUAGCCGAUAGCCGACCUAGAUAGAGCUGUCAGGACGCAUGCAGCGCCAUGGUUGCUUCGUUUGUUGAGCUG